UACAUACAUACAUACGCAGUAAUUUAAUAUGUUGUGCAACAAAACGGUUUCAUUGAAACUUCAAUUUGUUGCAAUGUCACCCAUUACGUUUUAAAUAUCUGCUCAUCUACACGAACAGUUUAUUUCAACGUUGAUGUUCAAGAUGAGCGAAUCAGAAAAUGUGCUUAGUGAGAUUAUCGAACAAAUCGCAAAGGAGAACAAUAUAGUCAAACCGAAAGUGGUGAUUUCUGACACAACAAGGGGAGGAUACCUUGGAAUACCUAGUACAAUUAUAAUUGAAGAAACUGGUAAUGGAACUACACGCAAAACACUCCACUUGUUCUUAAAAUCUGCUCCGAAGGAUUCACGGGAAGCAGUCCCAAUUCGGGACAUAUUCGUUAACGAGAUUGCAAUGUAUGAAGAAGUGCUGCCUAAUUACCUUAAGUUUCAAAAAGAAAAAUUGGUGACAGACCCAUUUCAAAGUACUGUAAAAUGCUACAGGAGUUCCGCAAUUUACGAUAACGAAUUUUUGGUAUUUGAAGACCUAACAAAGAGCGGUUUCGUUCUUUGGGAUAAAACGAAACCAAUGACGACGAAAUGUGUCGAAUUUAUUCUCAAAGAAACUGCCAAGUAUCACGCUCUUUCCUUUGCUUUUCGAGACCAGAAACCUGAUGAGUUUGAUGAUUUGGCGAAAAAACUUCAUGUCAACGUACUUACCAAUUUCUUUGAAACCACCCCAUCAUUUCUACACUCGUUAACAAUGAAUGUGAAAUACGCUAUGAACUUAUUCGAUCCCGUUGAGGAUAAAAAAAUUUGCGAAGCACUUGACAACUUUAUAGAAAAUGGAAUUGAACCAAUCGUUAUGGGCCAUGCAAUUGAAGAUAACGACAAGGUCGUCAUAAUUCAUGGAGACAGUUGGUGCAACAAUUUUAUGUUAAAGUUUGAGGAUCCAUCUCAGCCUGAUUCAUUGAAACAAAUGAAAUUUCUGGAUUGGCAAUGCUCAAGACUAUCAUCACCCGUAAUCGAUAUGAGUUAUUUCUUAUAUUGUAAUGGACCUCAGGAAGUUUUCGACAAUUUGGACUACUACUUGAAAUUAUAUCACAACACUUUGGCUUCUGCGCUUUCAGAUCUCGAAACUGACGUAGAAAAAGUUUUCCCAUUUUCUACUUUACAGAAUCACUGGCGAAAGUAUGCCAGGUUCGGUUUUGCAGUGGCGUGCUCGUUAAUAAAUAUGUAUUACAAUCCAAAUCAUGCUGUAGCGUUAGAUAUGACUGAACUUGCUAAAGACAAUAAAGAUGUAGGCAAACAUUUUACAUCUGCUGAAGUUCAAAGUAAUGAAAUAUAUAGAAAAAGACUUAGAGGAAUUGUUACCCAUUUUGUUAAUAAAGGAUUUAUAUGAC